GAUGGCAGCUGUCUAAACUUGUUUUGCUAAUAACACCGUUGAGAUAGCUAGCGUGAGCAUUUUAGCUAAGUUUAGCGUGAGCAUUUUAGCUAAGUUUAGCGUGAGCAUUUAGCUAGGUUUAGCGUGAGCAUUUAGCUAGGUUUAGCGUGAACAUUUAGCUAGGUUUAGCGUGAGCAUUUAGCUUGUUUUUUUAUGUAUAUUUGUGUGUUAAAGAAUGUCACCUUGUGUUUUUCGGCAAAGAUCAGACCAAAUAAAGUCAAAGAGGAAAGGUGUACAUUAUCUAGCUAUAGCUAGAACAUCUCAUUAGACAUCGUUCUGUAAUGUUAGUUAACUAACGUAGCUAUCCACAUUGUGAUAGCUUUGAGAGUUAAGACAAAAUGUAAACAAAACAAUGUUAUUAGCUACAUUGUGAGCUUUUGAACAUUUUAAGGACAGUCAUCAAUCAUGGAUGCUUUUCCACUUCUGUCCCCAGUGUGGCACCAAACUACAGCCUGGAUUCCGGUUCUGCCCCUCCUGUGGGGACAAGUUGCAGUGUGUUGUGGACCCCUCUGGACCUGUGGAGGCUGCUUCCUCUGGAGUCUCUCUGCUUCAUGUCACUGAUGGUGUAACCAUGACCGCUAAUGCAAGCAGUCCUACUCCAAGCACAGGACAACUGACUGGCUGGGACACAGAAGGUCUCGUCUGUGCCACCCCCAGUCCAGUGUCGACCCGUCCCCCACUGCGUAGGACCCGUAACUCAGUCCCCGUGGCCCGGAACGAUGAAACUCCUAGUAGUAUAGCCAGUCCUCCUGUCACUGCCUCCCCGAAACGUACUACAGAUCAAAGCCACAAAUCUAUGAUGUCUCCACGAAAACGACGUGCUGUCACCCCAAAAGUGGAACAGAUAAAAAAGGAACCGUCUGUGGAGCUGGCCUCCUCACCUGGCUCUUCACCUCUCCCCAGGUCCCCCUCCACAGUCAAGGGGAAGGUGAAGAAGGCCAAGCGAGCAUGUGCUGUGGAGCCACUGCAGGAAGGGGAGGAGCUUUGUGACACAACUGGCAGGAAAUGGAGGCUUGUGAAACUGUUGAGUCAGAGCGAUGCAGAGAUGUUCUAUGGAGUCCUGCAGAAUGGGCCAGGUGCCAAUUCCAGUGACUGCAAGCACAUCCUCAAACUAGGGGCUAAGGAUGGGAAGAUGUUCAAUGAGCAGAACUUCCUCCAGAGAGCUGCCAAGCCCUCAUCUGUGGACAAGUGGAUAAAGCACGCCAAGAUGGACUUCCUUGGGAUUCCUACCUGUGUAGGAUUUGGUCUCCAUGCAGACUCUUACAGGUUUUUGAUUUUCUCCAGCAUGGGCCAAACUCUUCAGUCUUUCAUGGAUGAGGGGGAGGGGCUCCUGUCUGAGAAAGUGGUCCUUCAGCUGGCCUGCAGAGUAUUGGAUGUGUUGGAGUUCAUCCAUGAAAAUGAGUAUGUUCACGCAGACAUCCAUGCUGAAAACAUCUACAUCAGCCCAGCACAACAAACACAGGUAUACCUUGCAGGGUACUGCCAUGCUUUCCGGUACUCUCCUGGUGGCCGGCAUGUGGAGUACCGUGAGGGCAGCCGAACACCACAUGAAGGAGCCAUAGAUUUUAUAAGCCUGGAGUCUCACAAGGGAGCAGGUCCAUCUCGCCGUAGUGACCUGCAGGCUUUGGGCUACUGCAUGCUGCGCUGGUACACAGGGGCACUGCCCUGGACCUCCCUCAAACACACACCAGCCCGCGUUGCCACGGAGAAGGAGAGAUACAUGGAGGACGUUCCAGGUCUCCUGAGUCACUGCUUCGGACAGAAGAAAGUCUCGAGUGCGCUGCAGGUGUACCUGUCUCAGGUGAUGGCUCUGCAGUACUCUGACCAGCCGGACUACAGGGCUCUGAGGGCAGGCCUUAGUGCAGCGCUGCAGAAGCUGGGAGGGUCACUGGAGCAACCCCUUGACCUGCAGAUGAAAGCGAUCGGAGGAAGAUGAUGCUUCGGGAUAAAUUCACGAAUUAGAUUUUUAGCCAACUGUUUUUAAAAUGCUGACUUUGACUAUGUGGUGUGAGUCCUGCUGUGUUUUUAUUAAGUUGGAGUACACUCAAGGAGGAGCGUGUGAAGGUGCGUUUCAUUAAGUUCACUGGAGGUGCAGUGCACAGAAACUCCUGGUUAUGCCAGGUUAGUGAGCACUGCUGUACUGUGUUAUUGUCAGCAGUGGUUGGCGCUGUGUCAGUGAGUGUGUCGUUAAUGUUUAAGUUAUGCAAUAAUACAGUUUAUAAUAAAGAACCUUUGGUCAGGGUGGUAAUGAUUGUAAGUACAAUAAUGUGCACUGUUCCAGUUAGGUGUUGUAGAUGUUCAUGAUAUGCGUUUUACUUUUUGUAUUGUUUUGAUCACAGCAUAAUACUUUAUUAAAGAGCUUUUAUUAAUUCAA